GCGCCUCUGAACCUCCGCGGACGCCCAAGGUUUCGGCUGCUGCUCCCCUGGCGGCUACCCUUAACCAAAUCUCUUGCGGGUGGGUACGGCAGCUCUUUAGGGACAGAAAUCUUCCCUCUUCGUUGCGCUCUGCUUCGUACUUCGUAUUUUGGGCAAAUCUGAGAAGGCGGGUAUUAGCGCCUCUAUUGAGCUGCUACCAGAGAGGUAGGAGAAGGCUGAGCCUGGCGCGGAGUUCGGGCUGACUGGGGCCUAGGCCCGUGAAACGCCGUCGCUGCCCGGAUGUUGCGAUGGCUGAUCGGGGGAGGCCGAGAACCUCAGGGACUGGCCGAGAAAUCUCCUUUACAGACAAUAGGUGAAGAACAAACCCAGAACCCCUACACUGAACUGCUUGUACUGAAAGCUCAUCAUGAUAUUGUACGGUUUCUGGUACAGUUAGAUGAUUACAGAUUUGCAUCUGCUGGUGAUGAUGGAAUUGUAGUUGUGUGGAAUGCCCAGACAGGAGAAAAACUUUUGGAACUCAAUGGACACACUCAAAAGAUAACAGCUAUUAUUACAUUUCCUUCUUUGGAAGCUUGUGAAGAAAAAAAUCAACUGAUCUUGACAGCCUCUGCUGACAGAACAGUUAUUGUAUGGGAUUGUGAUACUGGCAGACAAGUUCAGAAAGUGUCAUGCUUCCAGUCUACUGUAAAGUGUUUAGCUCUUCUUCAGAGACUAGAUGUUUGGCUUUCUGGUGGGAAUGACCUCUGUGUGUGGAACCGAAAAUUAGAUCUCCUGUGUAAGACUAGUCACCUUUCUGAUACAGGGAUCAGUGCUUUGAUUGAAAUACCUAAGAACUGUGUUGUGGCAGCAGUUGGCAAAGAACUGAUAAUUUUCAGGCUGGUAGCACCCACAGAGGGAUCACUAGGAUGGGAUAUUCUUCAAGUUAAGCGCCUUCUUGAUCACCAGGAUAAUAUUCUCUCACUGGUUAAUGUCAAUGAUUUGAGUUUUGUAACUGGCUCCCAUGUUGGAGAGCUCAUCAUCUGGGAUAUCCUGGACUGGACUGUGCAGGCCUGUGAACGCAACUUCUGGGACCCAUCUCCACAGCUGGACACUCAGCAAGAAAUAAAACUCUGUCAAAAGCCAAAUGACGUUUCUAUUCAUCAUUUCACAUGGGAUGAAGAGAAUGUAUUUGUUGCAGUUGGAAGGGGUUUAUACGUGUAUAACCUUCAAAUGAAGCGUGUGAUUGCGUGCCAGAAAACUGCACAUGACUCCAAUGUCCUGCACGUUGCCAAACUUCCAAACAGGCAGUUAAUCUCAUGCUCAGAAGAUGGCAGUGUACGCAUUUGGGAGUUACGAGAAAAACAGCAGCUUGCAGCUGAACCUGUACCAACAGGUUUUUUUAACAUGUGGGGAUUUGGAAGAGUAAAUAAACAAGCCAGCCACCCUGUUAAAAAACAACAAGAAAAUGGCACUUCAUGUUCACUAGAGCUUAUUGGAGAUUUAAUUGGACACUCAUCAUCUGUGGAGAUGUUUCUGUACUUUGAAGAUCAUGGACUAGUGACAUGUUCUGCUGAUCAUCUCAUUAUUUUGUGGAAAAAUGGAGAACGAGAAUCUGGAUUGCGCAGCUUAAAGUUAUUUCAAAAAUUAGAGGAGAAUGGUGACUUAUAUCUUGCUGUCUAGUUUAAGGAAUU